CUUUAAUAGUAGCUCGCUUUCGUGCCUUUCCGUCCAGGGCGAGCUCGCUUUCGUUCUGAAGGUUCACCAAAUCGUAUCACCGUCGUACUGGAAAAAAAAGACAAGAAAAAAGAUUUUGUGUUACAAGAGCAUCUCCGUUGCCCCACAGGCCGUUCCCCUCAAUAUUAAUCUGCUCUGUUAUAGUGAUUCUCGGAGUUGCUCGAGGCUUAAUUUUUGUACUCACCUGGCGUGAUACUGAUAUAAUUUAGAGUUAGCACAGCGAAGUAUUUUUGCAACCACUUACACGCAACGCUAUGUGGAGCACGUGCUGCAAUUUUUAUGUACACGCAUGCUCGCUAAUUUUCUUGCUGCACGUCGAGCCCAUCUCGAGAUGCGCCCUAGCUUCACAGAACCUUCUCGUGACCACAGAACACCUUGGUAGAAAGAUGUCUCGUUCAUCCACGAAAGUGAGAAACGAAGCAACAAAACUCUUGCUGCGGGGAGGAUUGGAAAGGAGAACUCCCACUAGGAAAAUUGCGAAAAAUUAUGAUGCGGGUUCAUUAACUACAGACACCGAGGUUCAUGCGGGGAUGUUCCGCGCUGAUGAAACGAUCCGAAGCAGCUCUGUUCUCUCCACCGGCGAGGAAACCGAAGCAAGUGCGUCGGUGUCUCCCUCCCGCCCUUUGCCGACCCCUAGUUCGCACUCAGAGGGAAUAAAGACAGCAGCGGGCACGAAUGGCGGGGGCAACAUAGCGCAGCGGAUGCGACAGCUGUUUGCCGAUAACCCAGCCAAUUUCGGACCCUUGCCUGAAGGUGAGACAAACCCCUGCCUGGACCCGGACGGACUGGAAGUUCCCAUCGUGAUUAGAAACGGCUACAGCACGCUUGCCGGAUCGCCCUGGAAUGGAAAUAAAACCGACCGGCAGGCGGAAGCCUCACAGCACCCGGAUGAUUACCGGGUCUGCUUCGGCGGGAGCGCGGACGAUCCGGUAAUUGGAAAUUUCUUCCUCCCCCAAGCAGUGAAUGAGGUGAUGCAAAUCACCCUCCGCCACCGCGAUGGGGAGAUCUCCUGCGGCGGUCCUUUUGGGAGCGAGUUCUGCAAUCGCGACCGGUGGGGUUCUUCGCGGAACGGGGCCAUUUCCCCCUGGUUAGUGACGGGCGAUAACAACAAUUACGCGGAGGCUCCGUUUAAAGCUUCUCAAACGCAAAUGAGCCUGGACGGGUGGGACGACGCCGACGCGACCAUCCUUCACUCGACGCCCGAAGACCCCGCACGCAGUUCGGCCGCCGGGUCUUUCCGGUACCAUACGGUGCAAAGUCGCGACCAGCUCCCGGGCGUCGCGAUCAGUAAGAAAACCGGGGCGGAGUACAAAAUCUGGGCUGUGCAGAGAAAUGGGUACGAGGAUCCGGAUCUGUCGUUCCGGGAUGAAAGCAACACUUUAGAGGACAUUCAGUUUCGCGAAAAGCACGCCGCACACCGCACGGGGAAGUAUCGAAUCGUCCAUGGGGAAAGUUUCUUCAACAUGGGUGCGGCGGACGGCAUGAAGGACCACAACAUUGGAGUGACUUGUGCGACAGUGAUCGCCUGCAAAAUCUUCACCACCACAAGCACAACAACGUCGAGGCAAGCGGCGCAGGCCGCACCGCUUAGAGAAGACCUCCUCAAGCACGCGUCGUACGUACCGCUUGAAGAGGACCCGAAUCCGAUCCCCAGUGGUACGACCGCAGUAGUAGAGGAGGCGGCGGGUAGAAGUUCUACCGCUACCACGACAAGCACGAGCCUGACGACGGGGAUGCCGUCCGGCGACACCGCAACUGAGUCGACCACUGUACCUCCGUCCGAGGGUCGUGAUAGCAUUAGCAGCACUGCGUUGCUAGGGGAAGACGGUGGCGUUGACGCAGCGGUCUUUCCCUCAAAACCAGCAACCACAGAGAGGAACAAGAAUGACACAGCCGUGGAUGUCGUUGCCUUAGAACUCAACGUGCGGAUUGCAGCGGCGGCGGGGACCCGCGCCGACGUGAUCGAGCGUGUGCGCGAAGCCCUGCGACCGGCAAUGGACGCGGGAAUUGCUGCAGAAGGCGCGGUCUCGACGGCGGCGGAGGGGGUAGCUAACGUUGUGGAGUUCGGCGACACGGUCUCGCUGCAGAAGGCGCUUUCCACCGCAGUUGCCCUCGCGGAGAAUGUUGCCGUUGUUAGUAGCAGUUCGGUACUAGAGCAGGAUGGGGAUGGUUUGCUGGCUGAGAGGGGGAAAGGCAGUGAAAUUGCACCGUAGCCACACGAACCGCCAUCUUGAAUUGACAGAACAGUUGCGAAGUUUGUGCGUAUCUUCAGAUCAUCAUGUCGUAACUUCGUUCAGUUUCACUCAACGAACUAUGAGGAUUGCGCUCCCGAUCUCAGCGGAACUUAGAGCAAGUAAGUCGAUGCCCGUGAUUUGACCCGCUUGCAAUAGAAGUUUCUUUCCGCUUGCAG